CGUUUCGCAAGCAUAACUUGAUCCAGUCCCCGUUGCGGGCACGUAACGAGAGCCCUGUAGAGCUCCUGCCACUGCGUACUGGGAGUCUGGGACAUGGCGAAGAUCCUUCGCCUUGCCGCCCACCGAGCCCGAAAUCCCCCAACCACCCCUUUCCAGCGACCCCUCUCCUCCGAUCCCACGAACCCCAAACAAGAGAAAGACAUCGAAGGAGCCCAAGUCGGUGGCGGCGGCGGCGGCGGAGGAGGAGGAGGAGGACCGGAGAAUCUCGUGAAGAAGCUCGGAGCUCUCAUCCGCCGCGGCAGCUUCGAGUCCGCCCUACCCCUCGCCAAAACCUUAAUCCUCUCCCACAGAGAGGAAUUCCCUUCCCCCUUCCACCUCUUCCGAGCGCUCUCCAGCUCCCCCUCCGCUGCCACCCUCCUCGUCGCCGCCUGCGCCGACCUCAACCUCCCCGACGCAGGCCUCGACCUCCUUUCCGCCGUCCCUGAGGGCCGGCGCCGGUUCCCUUCCCUCUAUUACGGCAAGCUUCUGCUCGAAACCCUGGUCUCCGCUCGGAGGUACUCCGAUGCCCGGCAUCUCUUUUCCUUGAUCGUUACCUGCGGAAUUUCCCCUGAUACCCCGGCCUACAACAAAGCCAUCCAAUCUGCAGUGAAAUCAGGCGAUGUCGAUGGAGCUCUGGAGCUAUUGGACCGGAUGGAGCGAAUUGAUCGAAGAAAGCCCGACGCUUUCACGUACAAUGUUCUAAUUUCUGGUUUGUGGAGGGAGCGGCGAGCUGGGGAUGCCCAUAAGCUGUUUGAUGAAAUGGUGCAGAGGGAAAUCACACCGACUAUUGUCACAUAUAACAUGAUGAUUGAUGGAUUUUGUAAAGCUGGGGACUUGGAUUCUGCUCUUGAGACCCGGGACAGGAUACGGACUUCUGGUUUGAAGCCGAACCUCAUCACGUACAAUUCACUGCUUUCUGGGCUCUUUCAUGCUCACCGCAUGGACAAGACUAAACAGUUGUUGGAAGAGAUGGAGGCUGAUGGGCUUGUGCCUGAUGGGUUCACGUACAGUAUUCUAUUUGAUGGCCAUUCAAGAUGUGGGAGUGUGGAGUCAUCGCUUACUUUGUUUGAUGAAUCGAUGAAAAAGGGUGUCCAGAUUAAAGCCUACACAUGCAGUAUUUUGCUGAAUGGGCUUUGCAAGGACGGGAAGGUUUCGAAAGCCGAAGAGGUCUUAGCGAGGUUGACAGAAAAGGGUUUAGUUCCAACAAGUGUGAUUUAUAAUACGAUAGUUGAUGGCUACUGCCGAGUUGGGGAUAUGGAAUCGGCUUUCUCUGCCAUGAGGCGGAUGGAGUCACUUGGGCUGAAGUCUGACUUUAUCACUUACAAUUCACUGAUAAAUGGACAGUGCAAAUUAGGGAGGAUGGCUGAGGCAGAGGAGAUGGUGAAGGAGAUGGUGGAGAAGGGGGUGUUCCCAAGUGUGGAGACCUACAAUUCUCUCAUCGAUGCCUAUGGAAGAGCUGGCAAAUUUGAAAGGUGUUCUGGAAUUAUUAAUGAGAUGCAAGAGAUGGGGAUCAAACCGAAUGCUGUGUCCUAUGGUUCUCUGGUUAAUGGCUUGUGUAAGAAGCGCAAGCUCGCUGAAGCAGAAGCCCUCUUCCAAGACAUGGUAGCCAGAGAUAUUCAACCCAAUGUGCAAAUCUACAAUAUGCUCAUUGAUGGAAAUGGUAAACUGGGCAAUCUCAAGCGUGCCAGUGAAUUGUUUGAGGACAUGAAGAGGAGAGGGAUUUCUCUGAGCAUCGUAACUUAUAAUUCUUUAAUAAAAUGUCUCUGUGGUGAAGGAUUCCUAUCUGAAGCUGAAGACUUGGCAUUUCAAUUAAGAGAUGAAGGUCUGAAUCCUGACGUGAUUACAUAUGGUACUCUAAUCUCAGCAUAUUGCAAUGUUAGCAAUACGAAGAAGGCAAUGGAAAUCUAUCAAGAGAUGGAGAAGUUAGGCAUCAAACCAACCUUAGCUACAUAUCAUUCACUAAUAAGUCGUUUGGGCAAGGAUGGAAGAAUGUAUGAACUUGAUACUUUAUAUCAGAAGAUGUUGCACAACAAUCUGGCUCCUGAUAGGGGUGUAUACAGUUUACUAAUUAAUUUGUACAUAAAACAUGGAGAUGAAAGAAAAGCACUUGCUUUGCAGCAAGAGAUGGAAGAGAGGGGGCUAUCCCUUUAUGAGGUGACAUGCACUAGUUCAGUGAUCGACAUGUGUACAGAAGGUCAGAUAUAAGGAGAAAUCGUUGUCUUCCCGGUAUUUGGGUUGAGGACUAGCCCCAGGCAGUGCUUGUAAUAUGGUAAUCCAAGCUGAUGAAGCACCUUUUUUCUUCUUGAGAAUCUUAUUGCAAUGUCAAGAAUAGAAUGAUAUCGUGCUAGACAGACAUGGACAGAAAAUAGCUGAUUCCACAUAUCCAGGAAAAAAGUAUGCUUUAUGCAGGGAUAUGGUGAAGAGUCUCUUUUGGCCCCUUAUUUAUCGCAGAUGUUUGGUCAACAAAAGAUUUGAGGUCUGAAUGCAAUAAGUGGAGCCACCUAAUGAUGAAAUGAAAGGGAGAAUAUGACUGAAGAAAUCUGAAUUCUGGUGUAUGAGCUGCCCAGUUUAUGGAGGAGAGAUAUGCUUCGUGUACUCAGUGAAUCUCCUGAGGAACAGGAUGAUAAAGUAACCAACCACCAGUUGAAGAUAAACUUUGAACUUACAUCCUCUCUCUGGAGAUUUUGAGACAGCUGUUCAGGUUUGUUGUCUUGAGGAAUGACUGUUUAAGUUAUGAUUCUUCUUAAAUUAGCUUCUGGGCGUUUUGUUUGAAAAGAUUGAAAUAGAAAAAUCAAUUUUAUUGAUUCUUUUAAUAGUCCCACACUUUUUUUAAGGUACUAGCCAUGCCCAUAAUGAGGUGCCACCGAGGCAAAUAGUUGGGCUCUCUCUGAUUGUUGUCAUGCAGUUACACAGGAAUAUUCUUAAACAUCCAUGAUUGAGAUGUAAACUUGAGUCUCCAAGUUCUAUGACAAACUAGGUCAUGUUUAUCCAAGGGUUGUUUAAGUUUGCCAUCUAAGAAUUAGUGACAGCUACUGUUGCAAUGCACUGUUUCUCUGCAAGGACGGACAAGUUUAAGGAGAGUGAAACUUCAGACAAAUCCUGAGUUAGUUAAAUCAUACAGGAAAUUUCAUGGUACGAAAUUUUUGUUACUCGUGUUCUUUUUUGGUGCAGCCAUGAAGCAGAAGGAACUGUUGGAGGAGGUGCUCAGUCGGUGCACCCAGCGUUUGACUGAAUGAUUGAUAUGCUAUUCUGUUUUCCAGCAAAGUUCUGAGUCCUGGUAUAAUCAAAUCCUAGGCUCUUCUCUAGCCUGCACUAAUCUAUAUCUCUGAAAAUGAUUGCAGGAACCAAUGGUGACUGGAAUCUACUUAUGAGCAUUCUCUUCAACCAAAAUUUCUUAUGGCGACAUCUAACAGGUUGGCAAUAUAUAUAUAUAUAUAUAUAUAUAUAUAUAUAUAUAUAUAUAUAUAUAUAUAUAUAUAUAUAUAUAUAUAUAUUGUAGCAUGGCUUGUAACAUUUAAUGCUGUAAAUAUAAAUCAAACUUUUCAAUUACUUUAAAGAAGGGCAUGAAGCGGUCGUUUUAAACCGUAAACUUCAUAGCUUUAGUAGAAAUUCACUUUAUUGAUGUUAUUGUUGGACAGGUCUGCAUUAUUUUUCAAUUUAUUUAUACAAGUUCAAAGGAAAACAAACUUUUGAUGCCA